AUGCCAAAUUCCAAUGGAGGAUUCAAAUUGUCUGAUGGGGACAGUGAUAAUGAGGUAGAGAUACAUCGGACUUAUGAUUUUUCACAACUCUACUCGAAGUCAACUGGUAACCAAGGAGACACGUUGAUCAUUGGAUCCAAGUCCGAUUACGAGAGUGUCGAAAACGUUUUCCCAGGUUUUGAUCAUGGAAGUUGUGCUCCAAUGAAAAGCGUGGACUAUGAUGCCAACAAGUAUGGAACCAAAAUAUACAAGCUCGCAGCAAACUCAAAUUAUCUCCAAGAAGUGAAGGCAACUGAUUAUUUCAGCCAUUCUAGUAUGCAGGCUCUCAAUUGUGAAGUGAAAAAGGAUGAAACUAGAGAAUCGAAACGUUAUGUGAAAAUUGUGAACUCAUGGUCCAGCAUCAAUGACAAUAUUCGUGAAAUAAAAUACUACAGCGGAGUUUCAGUGUCGAUUGGAGAAUGUAUCCAAGUUACGGAGAUCAAAUGUAUGGCAGAAUUAUUGGGAGGACAAGGUCUUGUUCAGUUCAAAUGCGACUUCG